AUGAGUAAGUGGUGCAUUUUGGUGGUUUUGGCUCUUGCUCUAGUUGCAACAAGUGCAAGAAAUGUGCCUGCUGGAGAGGCUGGUUUGAAGGAUGAGAAGACCUUUGGUGGAUUUGGUGGAUUUUCAGGAAUUGGUAACAAUGGUUUUCCAUCUGGAGGUGUAGGUGGUGACGCUGGUGGUGGUGGACUUGGCGGACUAGGCGGUGGUGGACUCGGAAAUAUUGGAGGUGGUGGUGGUGGACUCGGUGGAAUAGGAAGUGAUAGCGGUGGUGGUGGACUUGGAGGUUCUGGGGGUGGUGUCUUUCCUCAUCCUUGA